AUGGUCGCAGCAACCCACACUUUCGGCUUCAUUGGGCUGGGGAAUAUGGGUUCCCAGAUGGCUCAUAACUUAUCGCUUUAUGCAAAGAGCAAAUCCCUCCCUCCCAUGCAUAUUUGGAACCGGUCACGCGACAAGAGCGAGCAGUUCGCUAAUCAGACCGCUGCGAAAGUUGCGGACUCUGUCGAGUCACUGGUGCAAGCCUGUGAUGUAAUUCACAUGUGCUUAGCGAACGAUGAAGUCGCGCUCUCCGUCGUUCGACAGAUACUCACGGUAGGAAAGCAAGAGUUGAUUAUCGUAGAUCACUCGACUUUAUUCCCUACAACCUCAAAAUUACUCCAAGAAGAGGCCAACAGCCAUCAAGUAACUUUCUGCUCCUGCCCAGUGUUCGGUCCUCCUGCUGCGGCAAAAAAUGCCGGAUUACUUAUUGCACUUUCUGGUGCGGAGCAUGCUCUAGAGGUGUUGAAGGAAUACAUCGUCCCAACUCUGGGCAAAGCUGUCAUCGACUGUGGCAGCGAUACAGCUAGAGGAGCUCUUCUCAAGAUUCUAGGGAACAACUGCAUUCUUGGCACCAUUGAGCUCUUAUCAGAGAGUUUUACUCUUGCUGAGAAGACUGGCUUCGAUGUGGCCCUGUUUUACGAGUUUAUUCAGGCCUGGUUUCCCGCAGCUGCUUGGAUCAAUUAUGGAAAGAAGGUCCGUGAUGGGUCUUUCUCGGGGGGUACUGGCUUCACUCUUUCCGGGGGGAUGAAAGACGCGGCAUAUAUACGGCGACUGGGCGCAGAGACAUCGACACCAACUCCAAUUAUUGACCAAGCCUGGAACCAUAUGACUGCUGCUAAGGCUAUUGGCGGUGAAUCCCUUGACUGGAGCGCAUGUGCUGCGGGAAUGCGCCUCACAGCCGGCUUGCCUCCAUUUAAAGGCGAGGACUUUGCUCUCCAGAAGAAUGGAGCCAACGGCAGCCAAACGAAUGGGGGCAACCAAAAACAGGAAUAA